AGGGAUGACAUCUCUGUCCCCCACAGCGAUGAAUGCCUCCAUUGCCACCUCGCCCAGCGAUGCUCCAACUACUGGGAUCCCCAUCACAACGUUAGCCAUCCUCAAUGCAACACAGCUGACCCCAGGGAUCCCAACGGAUGCAACUCCCUUCUCCGAAAUCACCACUGCGGCAGAGGAAAUGUCUUCCUCUGUUGUCCCUACAACUAAGACGGUUCCUGCCAUUGACGCAAUUCCCAAAGUUGAUUUCCCCACCGAAAACGCAACUGUUUCCUCUGUCAUCACAGCCACAUCAAAUGAUACCCACAGUGUGACACCAGCCCUUCCCACUUCAGGAGAUGUUACCAACACAACUACUACUAGCCAACCUGUAGCGGAUUCCAAUGGCACAACUAUUGCUGACAUUACUAUGGACUCCACUGUUGCAUUUCCCACUGAAAUCACAGCAACUUCUUUCACUGUCACAGGGACUUCGAACGAUACCUUUGGAGGAGCACCAAUCCCGGUCACUGCCACAGAUGCCGAAACAACCGCAUCUGAGGAAAGCGGAAUAGAUUUCAACACCACCACAGCCAGUAUCACAGCCCUUGCACCUUCCACGGUUGAUUUCACCACGGAGGCCCCCAUCACCAUCAGUUCAAAUGAUACCCUCGGUGGCAUCCCUGUCCUGCCUCCUGGAACAGACAUUAAUGGGAGCGCUUCUGUUGAAACCACAGCAUCCUCCAACACCACGGUUGCAACCAACCGAACGAGUCUUCCUCCAACAGUUGUAGAUGCCAAUGUGACUACUGUCACCAACGCAACCAUUCCCCCCACCACUGUCAUGCCAAACACGACUGUGACCUCUUCUAAAAGGCCUCCAGCACCCCCUGGGCCCAUGCCAGACACCGUCACCCUAGCAUCCCUUGGUACCACCUCAAAGACGAAAGACAACACCACAACUGUUUCUCAAGCCACAACUAAGGCUGCUACGACCACAAGGAGAGCCAGCACCAAAGUGCCUCUGAAAACAAGGCCACCACUGCGCCCAGUACCCAAUGGUUAUAUCACUGUGAAACCUAUACAUGCAUUGGCGUCCAGUGCAUCUCUCAGCUGGGUUCUUCUGACGUUGUCCCUUGCUAUUGGAAUCUCAGUUCAGAGGAGGCUUCUCUGAAGGCUUGCUCCCUG